UCCCGCCCCGCUGACGUCACUGCGCGCGCGCCGGAGAGCGCCGCGAUGGCGCCGAGCGGCGAUGGCGGCGGCGGCGGUGCCGAAGCGCUGUCGGUUCCCGGCGGAGUCCGGAGGGCGCGGCAGCUGCUGCACAUGAGCGUCCUCGCCCAGAGCCCCUCGCCCUGCGGCCGCUUCCUCGCCGCGGGCAACAACUACGGCGAAGUGGCCGUGUUCAGCCUCUCGGCCGCCCUCAGCGCGGAAGCCAAGGAGGAGAGCAAACGUCCGCAGGGGCUGCUGCAGGCCCAUUCCGGCCCCGUUUACGCCCUGGCCUCCACGGAGCGGCUCCUGCUCAGCGCCAGCGACGGCGAAGUCAAGGCCUGGGCCUGGUCCGAGCUGGGCAAGAAGGGUUGCCGGGAGCUCUGGACCCGCCGCCCCCCCUGCAGGAGCAGCCUGGAGGUGCCCGAGGUCAACGCCCUGGAGGUCGGCGCCAGGGAGUCGCUGGUGCUGGCGGGGGGCGACGGCGCCGUCCGCGUCCUCGACCUGGAGACGGGGACCUUCACCCACGAGCUGAGGGGACACCAGGACUACGUCCACUGUCUGGCGCUGAGGGGACCCCACCAGUGUCUGUCGGGGGGCGAGGACGGCACCGUGCGACUUUGGGAUCUGCGCAGUGGCUCUCAAGUUCAGGUCAUUGAGGUGCACAAAUACCCGGAAUGCAGCCGCCCCCAGUACGGCAAAUGGAUUCGCUGUUUGGCCACCGAUUCCGACUGGAUGGUGUGCGGGGGGGGCCCCGCGUUGACGCUGUGGCACCUGCGCUCCGUCACCCCCACCACCGUCUUCCCGCUGCCGCCGUGCCAGCACCACGUGCUCUUCCACCAGGACCUGGUUCUGGCGGGGGGUCCAGGCCCGGCCCUGCAUCAGCUACAGCUCAGCGGAGACCUCCGAGCGCGCGUUCCCUGUUCACCGCCGGCCCUGCGCUGCCUCUGCCUCCACCAACGCUCCCCCGAGCACCGCGUGCUGACGGUGGGUGGGAACAGCCCCAAGAUCGAUGUCUUCACCAAUCUCGGUUAUCGCGCCUUCUCCCUCGCCUUCGCCUGAGCGCACCCCAAAACCCCCCCGGGACCCCCAAAAUCCCCCUCAGGACCCCCAAAUUCCCCCCGGGACCCCCAAAUUCCCCCCAAGAUCCCCAAAUCCCCUCCAAGACCCCCAAAAUCCCCCCAAAGAUACCCA